AUGAUGACAGUUGAGGAUCUGCUCUUGGAAACUCUGGAGAUGCUGGGACGUGAUGAUUUUAAGGCCUUCAGGUGGCACCUGCAGCAGGAGAAGCCGGAGAACUACAGCGGCUUCGGCCCGAUCCCGCGGUACAAGCUGGAGGAGGCGGACCGGCUGGAAGCAGUGACGCUGAUGGUGCAGAAAUACUCCCAUCACGCCGUGGAGCUGGCCAAGACGGUUUUGGGGAAGAUGGACAUGAAUGAUGUGGUCCAGUAUCUGUCAGACAGGAGCUCAGAACUAAAAGAUGUGGAGACGCACAAGCUUCAGCCUCUAGAAAAACAGAUCAAACAGUUUCAACGCACGAUGCAGAAGCAUUUCCAGUACAGGUUCAAGUGUGUUCAAGAGGGUAUGGCCGAGAAGACAGAAGAGCAGUGCCUGAAGGACAUCUUCAUAGAGCUGUAUAUCACAGACGGGGGGGAAAUGCACAUCAACGAACAGCAUGAGAUCAGGCUGAUCAGGGAUUCCAGGACAGCAGCAGUGGAACCAAUCGACCCCAGUGACAUAUUCAAGAGUACCAUUGGUAUACCAUUAAGGACAGUGCUGACGACUGGAGUUGCAGGAAUUGGCAAAACAAUCCUCUUGAAAAAGUUUGUUUUGGACUGGGCCGAGGAAAGGAAAAAUCAAGAAGUGCAUCUGAUAUUCCCCUUUAGCUUCAGCGAACUGAAUCAACUGAAGGGGGAAAGGAUCAGCCUGGCAGAACUAAUUCAUAAGAGCAUCUGGGAAACCAGAGACAUCACCGACGAAGAUCUGAACCGUAUCUUUGCUAAACUACAGGCGUCGGGAAACUGCGACUUUAACAACAGUCAAUAUAAACUUCUGUUUGUGUUGGACGGAUUGGAUGAAAGCCGCCUUCAGAUGGAUUUGAUGCGACGUGAACCUCAGCAGGUUGAUUUUGAUGUGACACAGUCGACCUCAGUGGAGGUUCUGCUGACUUCCCUGAUCAGUGGGAACCUGCUUCCCUCUGCCCGGGUGUGGAUAACCACACGACCUGCAGCCGUCAGUCAGAUCCAUCGUGAUUUUAUCAAAAGAAUGACAGUGGUGAGAGGAUUCACUGACCCACAGAAGGAGGAGUACUUCAAGAAGAAAUUCCCCGAUGAGGAACAAGGCAGCAGAAUCAUCGCCCACAUCAAGGCUUCACAAAGCCUGUUCAUCAUGUGUCACAUCCCAGUUUUCUGCUGGAUCACUUCUACAGUUUUGCAGGAUGUUUUGAAAAGCCAAGCGAAAAUAGAUCUGCCAACAACGUUGACGGAGAUGUACACAGAAUUCCUGCUGUAUCAAAUCAGGCAGACAGAAGAGAGAUGUGGCUCAAAAAGGAGCAUCAGGUACAUCAAGUCCUUAGCGAAACUAGCAUUCAACCGUUUGGAAAAGGGCAACCUCUUCUACGAGACAGAUCUGAAAGACAGUGGCAUUAAUUUACACAAAGUGUCACAGAAUGCUGGAGUGUUCACAGAGGUCUAUAAAGAGGUGCACAAGUGGAAGGACAACGAUAAGAGGAAGAUGUACCGCUUUGUCCAUCUGACCCUUCAGGAGUAUCUGGCUGCCCUGCAUGUUGUGAUGUCACUCAUUAACGACAACAAGAACAUAUUGUCGGAGAAGAAGCUGAAACUGGGAGAUCUGUGUACGCUAUGCAGGAGAAAACCCAUAACUGAGGUCCACGAGAUUGCAAUUCAGAAAGCGCUGAGUUCAAAUGGGCAGCUGGACUUGUUCCUGCGCUUCCUCCUGGGACUUUCCCUUCAGACCAAUCAGGAUCUUCUAAAGGAUCUGUUGAAUACAUCCGAAGGGUUCCCUCAGACCAACCAUCAACCCACGAUCCAGUCCAUCAAGAAGAGGAUAAGGGACAACACAUCCCCAGAGAGGAGCAUGAAUCUUUUCCACUGUCUUAAUGAGCUGAGAGACGAUUCCUUGGUGAAGGAGAACAAGCAGAACCUGAGUUCAGGAAGUCUGUCUGAUAGAACAUUUUCUCCUGCUCAAGAAAAACAGCAAAUUUCAAAUGUCUAUUCUAUUGGAGAUAAACACUGGUUUUGCUAA